AUGCUUCGCCCGAAAGGGAACGCGGGGAUAUUCAGCCCCACAGGUAUUAAUAUCCAUGGUGGCCUUGUGGUGGAUGUUCUACACAUUCACCUCAUCACCUACGACAUCAGUCUCAACAUCUUCUCGUUGGCCCAGUACGAACGCUUCCAGGAUACGUGGCGCAACCGAGGGAAUUCGCCUCCGCCUUGGUCAAACCUCCCCGCUAUCUCCAUAGAACAUCUUGGUGAUGACACAAGGUCCCAUCUGUGGACGCUUCAAACCCCAUGGAUAGACAUUGCUCUCAAUGCCCACGAACGACCGGGCGAACGACAACGCGCUUUUUUCUCAUUCAGUAACAGAUGUUACCAUUCAGGACAUUGGAUAAUCGGAAUGGAAUGGAUAAUCGUUAGCCUGCAUAGUUCGUGGACCCAACGUCAAAAUGCAUUCCCAUCCGACGUCACCGGAUUCUAUUGUCUCUCCAAUGACGAAGACGAUCGGUCGCAAGUGCCUCUCGUUUUCAAUUGGGUGUUCAGAAUUGUUGACGCUUACUGCAUUCUUGAGCCUGCGAGCAUUCAUGCUCGGACUAUCCAAAGCAGACACGGAUGGAGAAGUUUCGGAAGUGAUACUUUUGGAUUCCGUCUCAGUAGCGGAAUAUGGAACCGCGCCGCCAUUUUACCUCCCGCAUUGUCUUUCCACGAUGACAGGAAAGAUCCGUUUAGAAAAUUCCUCAGAGGCAGCAUUCUCGAAUCGGAGGAAUUGACGAAAAGACAGCUCAUGAACAGCGCAUUCGAUCUGUCGCGGGAGGUUAACUCUAGAGGAAGAGAAGUGAAGGUAUUAUCCACGCUCUACUGGAUGUUAUGUACCCAGAAAUUGCGAUUCAGAAAUCGGUGGAAGAUACCGCCGUUGCAAGAGCGUCGAAACAUGGUACAAACGGAGAAAUGGAAAAGCAGGACGAAAGAGGAAGGAAGGGUGACCAGAUCGUUGGACACGGAACUAAUUUAUGUCAAGAGUCUUUUAAGGAAAUGUCAUCAUGUACCUGAGGCUGACCGGGUAACAAGCAGAGAAAAAGUGAAAUACCUUGUACAAGAGCGAGAAUAA